AUGGCGAACCUCAUUCCUACGGUAGCCACCGUCGCUGUUCUCUUGAUCAUCACAGCCGCGACCAAUGCGUCUUUUUUCGCAAACGUAAGCGAGCCAUGCCACGAGGAACGGUACAACAUGAGAGACUGUGAGAUGUACAUUAUGGGAGAUGGUUGCCCAUGCGAGACAGAGCGGAUGAAGCCAUUCAAAAUGAGGUUAUUUACCUUACUUCUUGGGUUGCAGUGCUGCGAUCAAUUAAAGCAAGUACGUGAAGAAAGCCGAUGCGAAAAACUCCAAGCUAUUGCUGCGGAUCUACGUGAACAAGGGGUGAUAGCAAACGAAGAGUACGAGGGUGCAAUGCAGAGGGCAAGUAACAUUGGUUCUUCUUGUGGACAACGCCGCUGCGAUAUCCAAACAAUCUAGCUUAUUUAUGGUUCUGGUAAAAAUAAAGUUGUAUCAGUAGCCUGAGUGAGCAUGGCCGUCCGUUCAUGCAUGGUUGUGUAUGACAAUCAGUCGUAUUUUAA